CAACGUUUCCCUAUGCAAAAGCCGCCUCCCUUAGUCCCUUCCUCUUCUCUCUUUUAAUUUCCCCUUUUCCUUAUUUAUUUAUUUUCACUUUCUUUCUUUUUUUUGAUAUAAUUUAAUUUCAUUUCAUUUCAUUUAGGAUUCCCCCAUUCCCACCUAUUUCUCCAAACACACAAAAGCACCAAACAAAAGAAAAAGAAAAAGUUGAGCAAAAAACGAGAAAUUUAUUUUUUGAUAAGCGGUUGCCGGAGCCGGAAAUGCUCUUUUCUCCGGCGUUUUUCGGAGUUGGGAAAUCCAGUAGCUAAGGAGGGAAGUAAGACAUAAAAUAGUUAAGACAGAAAAAGCAAGUUUUUUAAAAGUAAAAAAAAAAAUGGAGGAAGUAGUGCUCAAUGAGCCGAGUGACGUCGUUUUAAACGCCAAGAAGAAGAAAUCCGACGAGGAGAAGGACCAGUUGGUGGUUGCUGUUACGACACCUACGGAUCACCAUCACCGGAGCCGAUCUCAAGCUGCCACACGGCGCGUGACUCCCACGACUACCGCCGCGUCUUUCUUCACCACGGGUUCGGGUGAUACUGUGGAGAAAUUCCUCCCUAACGGUGAUCUUUACAUCGGUAGCUUCUCAACCAACGCGCCACACGGAUCCGGGAAGUACCUUUGGAAAGACGGGUGCAUGUACGAAGGAGAGUGGCGUCGUGGGAAAGCCAACGGGAAAGGUAAGUUUUCUUGGCCAUCUGGAGCCACUUUUGAAGGUGAUUUCAAGUCGGGUCGGAUGGAAGGAUUCGGGACGUUUAUCGGAUCCGACGGCGACACGUACCGUGGGUCGUGGAGCUCCGAUCUAAAACACGGCUAUGGUCACAAGUGUUACGCAAAUGGGGAUUACUACGAAGGAUCAUGGAGGAAAAACCUACAAGAGGGGCACGGCCGUUAUGUUUGGAGUAACGGUAUCGAAUACGUCGGUGAAUGGAAAAACGGAGUCAUCUCCGGCCGUGGAACCCUGAUAUGGGCAAAUGGAAACCGGUACGAUGGGCAAUGGGAAAACGGUAUGCCCAAAGGAGACGGAGUUUUCUCUUGGCCGGACGGAAGUUGCUAUAUCGGAGCAUGGAACGGAGAUAACAUGAAGAAAACUCAAAAGUUGAACGGGACGUUUUAUCACGGGAACGACGGGAAGGAGCAUUGCCUGAAAGGAGGAGAGAGUUUGGUGCUUAUGCCGAGGAAAAGAUCUUCCGUAGAUGGAAGGGGAAGCUUAGGGGAAAGAAACAUGAAUUUCCCAAGGAUUUGCAUAUGGGAAAGCGAUGGUGAAGCCGGAGAUAUCACCUGUGAUAUAAUUGAUAAUGUGGAAGCUUCGAUGAUUUACAGAGAUGGGUUUAGGCAAUUUAGAAAGAAUCCUUGUUGUUUUAGCGGGGAAAUUAAGAAGCCAGGACAAACUAUUUCCAAAGGCCAUAAGAAUUAUGAGUUAAUGCUUAACUUGCAAUUGGGUAUCAGGUAUUCUGUUGGGAAAGAUGCCUCAAUUUUGCGCGAUUUGAAGCCAAGUGAUUUUGAUCCCAAGGAGAAGUUCUGGACCAGGUUUCCUGUUGAAGGAUCAAAGCUUACACCUCCUCAUCAAUCUGUGGAGUUCCGGUGGAAGGAUUAUUGUCCGGUGGUUUUUAGACAUUUGAGGGACCUAUUCCAAGUUGAUCCUGCUGAUUACAUGGUAGCUAUUUGCGGUAGUGAUGCCCUUAGGGAGCUUUCUUCCCCGGGGAAGAGUGGAAGCUUCUUUUACCUUACUCAGGAUGACAGAUUUAUGAUAAAGACAGUAAAGAAAUCUGAAGUCAAGGUUCUUAUAAGGAUGCUUCCAAGUUACUACCAACAUGUUUCUAAAUACGAAAAUUCCCUAGUGACAAAAUUCUUUGGUGUGCACUGUGUCAAACCUAUAGGUGGCCAAAAGACACGGUUCAUUGUGAUGGGGAAUCUGUUUUGCUCUGACUACCGAAUUCAUAGACGGUUUGACCUGAAAGGAUCCUCCCAUGGCCGCUCAACUGAUAAGCCGGAAGAGGAAAUUGAUGAAACCACUACCCUUAAAGACCUGGAUCUUAAUUAUGUGUUUCGCCUCCAGCGGAAUUGGUUCCAAGAGCUUAUGAAGCAAAUUGAUCGAGAUUGCGAGUUCUUGGAGGCUGAGAGAAUUAUGGAUUAUAGUCUUUUGGUUGGACUACACUUUCGGGAUGAUAAUAGAGGUGAUAAAAUGGGGUUAUCACCGUUUCUCUUGCGCACAGGCAAAAAGGAUUCAUAUCAGAAUGAAAAGUUUAUGCGUGGCUGUAGAUUCCUUGAAGCUGAGCUACAGGACAUGGAUCGGAUUUUAGCUGGCCAGAAACCAUUGAUACGGCUAGGAGCAAACAUGCCAGCAAGAGCAGUGCGAAUGUCAAGAAAAAGCGACUUUGAUCAGUAUACACAGGGUGGAGUCGGUCUCUUUUCACAUAGCGGCGAAGUUUAUGAAGUUGUGUUAUACUUUGGCAUCAUUGACAUCUUACAAGACUACGACAUCAGCAAGAAAUUGGAGCAUGCCUACAAAUCACUACAAGCUGAUCCUUCUUCAAUAUCAGCUGUUGGUCCAAAACUCUACUCGAAGAGGUUUCGGGAUUUUAUAGGAAGAAUUUUCAUUGAAGACGAGUAGAGCAUGAUCAGAAGGCUAAUUGGAAUAAAACAUCUGGCCUGUGUCUAGUCCGAAAAUGCCACUUCAGUUCUCCCAUAGCGGGGAAAUCGUUCAGGCCCCUGUUACAAGCUUUGAGCUAAGACUCCACAGGGCACACUUAAAACCAAGCUAGUGAGCAAAACAUCUUGGGAUAGCUCAAUCUCGGCAGACAGCAGCAGGGUUGGAAAUGGUGGUGGGUGAAUUGAGGAUUGAUUCAUCAUCAUCAUGAUUUUGAUGGUGCAAGCUCCUGUACAUUCAAAAGAGAGGGGGGGGGGGGACAGAAAUUGGGGGAUUAUGGUGGGGUUCCUUGUUUUUAUUUUAUUCAAUUUCAUUAUGAUUUGCAUGGGGGUGGAAAUUUUGUGAAUUGUGAAGAUUUAGGGAACAAGAUGGUUCCAAGAGAUAGAUUUAAAAAGUAGGGAGGUGAGGAGAGGAAACUUGGAAUAACAAAGUGUACAGCUUAUAGCAAGGAGAUGGGAAGUAUGAUGAUUUUUUUUUUUUUUGGGUGAGAUAUAUGUUUUGUUAAAAGUUUUUUCUUAAAAAGAAAAAAAAUAUGAGGAAUGAGAUAAAUUAUAAAAAGAGGAGGAUCAGUGAGAAGUCCCAUACUGCUAUGGGAUUAUCUCAUCAUCUCUUUUCCCUUUUAUUUA